AAAGAAGAACAUUGCAGCAGAGGCUCAGAAGGAGCCUGCGAGGAGCUGGGAAAUACACAACAGCAGAACCACAACACCCUCCCCUGGACACACCCUACUGGGGAUCACUGCUUCUCUUUUUUCUGAACCAUCGCCCACGCCACACGGAGAGAAAUCUCUCACUCAUCAUCGUCCUGAAGAAAACCCCUGUCUCCUCAUUUUCACACUGCUGAGGAAAACUACAAUCGCACGGGCUGAGCUUUCUUGCCGAAGACUGUCGUUUUUCCUUUUUCUUUUUUUUUCUUUUCGUUUGGAACCUGUCGAGCCACGCCACGGCGUAAUAUCCGCAAGACGGCCUGAAGACCUGUGUAUUGGAGGACCUAGAUCACUAUCAUCUUUGUACAUCAAGAAUGGUUACUAUAAUCAGCACCAUGGAAACUCAGGUGUCCAAUGGUCCGAGUGGAACCAGCCUGCCUAACGGCCCUGUCAUUAGCACUAAUGGCUCCACAGACGACAGCAAAACCAACCUGAUCGUCAACUACCUGCCUCAGAACAUGACCCAAGAGGAGUUCAAGAGCCUUUUCGGCAGUAUCGGAGAAAUAGAAUCCUGCAAAUUAGUCAGAGACAAGAUUACAGGCCAGAGUUUGGGCUAUGGCUUUGUAAACUAUGUGGAUCCCAACGAUGCUGACAAGGCCAUUAACACGCUCAACGGUCUCAAACUGCAGACCAAAACAAUCAAGGUGUCCUAUGCCAGACCAAGCUCAGCUUCCAUACGCGAUGCCAACCUGUACGUGAGCGGGCUGCCCAAAACCAUGAGUCAGAAAGACAUGGAGCAGUUGUUUUCCCAGUAUGGAAGGAUCAUCACCUCACGCAUCCUGGUAGACCAGGUCACAGGUAUAUCGCGCGGAGUAGGCUUCAUCCGGUUUGACAAAAGAAAUGAGGCCGAGGAAGCCAUCAAAGGCCUGAAUGGUCAAAAGCCGCUGGGCGCCGCCGAGCCCAUCACCGUGAAGUUCGCCAACAAUCCCAGUCAGAAAACGGGACAGGCCUUGCUUACCCAGCUUUACCAGACAGCUGCUCGCCGCUUCACUGGCCCUCUGCACCACCAGACUCAGCGCUUCAGACUCGACAAUUUACUAAACGCCAGCUAUGGAGUCAAGAGCUCUCCUUCUUUCCUCCCCAGAUUCUCCCCCAUAACCAUUGACAGCAUGACCAGUCUAGCCGGUGUCAACCUGACCGGGCCCACCGGAGCCGGCUGGUGCAUCUUCGUCUACAACCUGUCCCCAGAAGCCGACGAAAGCGUCCUGUGGCAGCUCUUCGGACCGUUCGGCGCCGUCACAAACGUCAAGGUCAUCCGUGACUUCACCACUAACAAAUGUAAGGGCUUUGGCUUUGUCACCAUGACCAACUACGAUGAGGCAGCAAUGGCUAUCGCCAGCCUGAAUGGCUACCGCCUGGGCGACCGGGUGCUGCAGGUCUCCUUCAAGACCAGCAAGCAGCACAAGGCUUGAAGGAAGGCCUAGUCACUACUGCUCUUUAACAUGCAGGGGGAGCUACUGAGCUCCCUGUACAUUAACUCUACAUGGGUCUGGACUGAGUCUCUCUCUAACACACAUUCGACACACACACACACACACACACACACACACACACACACACACACACACACACACACACACACACACACACAAACACACACACACACGUUUAGUUGUUAUGAGCAAAAAUACACAAGUAGAGUCAUUUUUCUUUUCUCUUUACACAACAUGCUAGUCCGUCCCAGCAUUUGCCUGAAUUGAAUUAGCAGAGUUGUGAGGCAGAGCUGGGGAAAUCCUUGAGGAGGGACAGUCUAACGAAUGUGGCAGAGAAUGUCUGCAGAGAUUUAAUUUAAUUCAGGCAAAGUAAGAUAACUAGUCAAUGAAAGAAAAAAAAAAAGUAAAUCAAAUAUGUGCAAUUUACCCGAAAUCUUGCCCCCGUUACUCUCCUGUCUGGCUUCAGAGGAUGUAGUCACUUUUUUCCACUUGGGCAUUUUGAAUUAGUGAUUUAAAUUUUUUUUUAGAGGAAAAUGAUUAAACAGUGUUCUCUUAUAUAUAUUAUGAUAUAACUAUAUAUUCAACAUUUAAGGUGGUUAUAAUAGCCAAAUAUGUAAGCAUUUUCUAGAACUUUGAUUAUGGUUUCCUGGCUCUACAUUUGGUUGCAACCUUGCCUUAUGGCACAACACACUCCUUACUUGAGGUCCAACCCAACAGUCUCUGAACAAACUGGUAGUCACAAAUUGAGAGGUCACCCGGGGGCCAUCACAAUCACUUCAGCACACCGAAAGACAACGUUCAUCACAGAGACACACACACACACACACACACACACACACACACACACACACACACACAUAAAUGCACAUAUGCACCUCCACUGGAGGGCAUAGGGAAACAUCACAAAACAUGGCGACCUAGAAUCUCCUCAUAUCGUUCCACUCUGAGUUUUAUAUCGUUAGAAUUUAGAAUCAAUUCCACCACAUGCAGUUGUCUGUGUAACUAGGGGCAUUUCGACAGUGUUCCCAUGGCGAUGGCAUUUGGAAUUCUUUUUAAAGUCUUUUAAACCAAUUACGAAGGACGACUGCGGAAUCCAGAACCUUAUUAGAUCAUUUUAAAGAGGUUUGAAUAGCUCAAGAAUAGGAAAGGCUGCGUGUCAGCUCUUUGAGCUGCCUAUUUUAUGGAGAGUGAGCUGUUAUAAAGGUCAGGGGCCACUGGGAUUGGUCGUCCUUGGUCUUCAUAACUUCUUAGAUACAUUUAGCUCCAUUCACUAAACAGAAUUGCAUUAUAAUUCGUUUUCCCAGACCAGUUUUAGCAGCCCCUAAAUAUCUAACCAGCUACAUAUCAAGCAAAAAAAAAAAAAAAAAAUCACAUUUUGUGUCGUCAAUACCCUUUAUAGCAAGUCGCAGCCACAUGAGCAACACAAAAAUGAUUUUUUUUUUUUAAUACUCAUCUUAUAAAUGAAAAAUUUCCUAGAUACAUUAAAGACAAUGCCCAAGCUGUCCACAGCCCUGUGAUAAAACAAACGAUAACUGUUCCAUAGGGAGAGACAUUGCUGUAAAAUCGCAAAUCUUCACACUAUAUGAAGAAAAGAACUGAAAGGUGUAAACGUGUGUUCAAAUCAAGUGACAUUUUGCUUUUCUAAAUAACGCUGUGUUAGCCAAAGAGGACAAUGAUCUCUUUGAAAGGAUUACAUUAGAGAUUAAUAUAUUUUUAUAUCUACGAGAAAAGAAAAAACAAGACCUUGUGCAACAUUUUUACAGAUUCUUAAAUUGUGGAAAUCUUUGGACACACCGCAUGGCUUUUAUUUUCAGAGUUUUUCAACUUUGGGGAGAGAGCUAGGGCCAGUCUGCGGUGUAAGGGAGGGGGUCGGAGGGUUGGGGACUAAGAUUUACAUGCAGUGAAUCCAUUUCAUUUUCAAAAAUACAAAAAAAAAAGAGAAACAUUAAAAAAAAGAUUCAGCAGAUAAGUACAUGUAUGCAUUACGCAGGAAAAACGACGUUACCGUUUCUCUAAAGUGAAGAAAUAAAUCAAGCGUUGCUUCAAUGACGGUGCAGUGAAGCUUGAAAUGAUGUCACAUUAAACACCCAGAGAAUCUCAUCUUGUAUUGGCAAAAACAAAAAAGAAGAUUCACCUUAACGCUUCAGCAUGUUCAGUGCACCAAAAAAGUGACAAAUUGACAUAAUGUAGCUGCACUUAUCAAUGUAAUCAAUCCUCACACAAUAAUCCAUAACGAACUGUAUUCGCCAGUAUGUUAACACAACAAGCGUCUAUCAUUGUACUGUCUAGAUUUUUUCGUUUUUUUUUUUUUUUUUAAUUCACGCUCAACACAUCUUCUGUAUUCCACCAUUAUAUCAUCAACACCUAAUUUUGCUCCUUUGCACAAGCACUAACCAACCAAGGGAUCUUAGCUUUGUCACUGAUGAAUGGGAAAAAAGUGCCACCGCACACACACAUAUACACGUACACACACAACACAUAUCAAAGUGUCUCUAAGCAUUCCCAUUGUAUCAAAACUGUGAUACACCUUGAACUAAGCUCUCUCAGCUUACGCCACAUUAACAUCGCAACACAUUUUUCUUUCGCUAAUGCUAAAUUAUCCUGGAACUCCUUGGGUGGUGUGCCCUAGAGGGGACAAAUAUCCUAGACGUAAAGAUUGGUCCACCCUCUAAA